AUGGACCUCGACUUCCGGACCACAGAGGACCUGAGCCCUCCACAGCAGCUUCUUGCAUUGGAGAUGGCAGAGGCCCUCUGGGAGGCGAUGGAGGCCGCACGCAAGGAGCGGAUCAUGACGUGCCUAGCUGUCGAGAGUAUGAUUGCUGCAGAGGUCUCUGAGAUUGCCAGUAAUCCAGAAGCAGCAGGCCUGCGAGCUGAAGAGGUUCCCUCGAACGAGAGAGAAAAGGCCGCCAUGCAGAACCUUGUGUUGCAAAGGAUUCUCGAGAAACGACGGGCCAAAGGAGGCUACGUUGGUUGGCAAAGCUAUAAGAGCAUGAAG